UCUGCAGUACAAGGGAAACCACACAGACAACAAUCAGCGAUGCAGACCAUCCAGACCAUCGAGACCCAGCUUCCGAUGCUGCGGGAGAGCUUCCACACCACUCCCUUCAGGCAGAGCGCAAGGAGGAAGAGCAGCUUAACUAAUCUGAUUCGAAGACAACUGCAGCAACAGCAACAACUCGCAUCAACACAGCAGGGCCAUCAGCCGCCGACUUUGGAGGAGGGGGGGCGUGCCCGCACGGAGCAUGCUCGGAUCCGCCGCUCAGCCAGCAGUCCGUCAUGCGAGUCGACAGUGCUGGGAGCAGAUGGGCAGGAGAGGGAGUGGGCGAGAGAGGCAAGGGAGCAACGUGGGGAGGAGAGAGCAGGGGAGGAGAGGGCGCAUGCCAGCCUGCUCUCCCUCACUGCAGCGUCACAGGCACAGGCACAGGCAGCGGUGGUAGAGGCAACGUCACAGCAGCUCCAGUCAUCACCGGAGAGAGGCAGCGCGAGUGUAGUGAGUGUGAGAGUGAGCGAGGGGAGAGCUAGAGGAGGAGGAGGAGGAGGAGGAAGAGGAGGAUUAGAGUCUGCCAGCAGUAGCAGCAGCAGCAGCACAGCAGAACAGAUUCCACUCCACCUCCCGCCCCUGCUACAACACGAGCGCGGGCAGCAUCCUCAGCCAGCGCUUAAGCCACAGCUUCACCCUCUGCCCCAGGAUGGCCUUGCUGUCAACACACAGGGUGCCCAGCUGCUGAGGACCGCCACUGCCACCACCGCCACCAUGGGGAACCAGGAGGCCAAGCAAAGGAAGGCAGCCGCCGCGGCCGCCGCUGCAGCGGGGACAGAGGGGACAGGCAAUGGGUGCAAGAGCGAGCAUGGGGACCAUGAGAGCUCCAAGAAGGGAGCAAAGAAGCCACAGAGCAAAUCCAACAGAGCGGGCGAUUCUGCAAAGAAGAAAGCCAAAGCGGACUCUGCUGCUUCCACCACCACCACCACCAAGGCCUCGGUCUUCUCCAACUUCAAGAAAGGCCUGUCUCGGGCCAAAGGGGCAUCCCGCGAGAGCAUUCUGGAUAGCGGUGGUGGAGCCAGCCAAGCCGGCUCAGGGAUUAGAGCCGCCGAUGUCAGCAUGUCGUCAGGCGACGAACUGGACGGCAUAAGCGACAGCGACCCCGAGCACAGACCCCCGGCGACGGCGCUGCGGGCCAGCAGGCAGUCGAGCCCGGAGGAGGGCAAGAGCGCGGGCUCGGACAGCUACAGCUACCACUCGGCCACAGACCACCAGGACCUCCUGGCGGACAUCCAGCUGGCCAUGCGCAUGCAGCAUGGCACUGGGGGCGGCGGCAUCAUCACAGACGACCUGCUCAAGGAGGCAACAGGUGAGGAGUGCAGUGGCGGUGUAAGCCUGCCUCGUGAUCCCACCAUCCCCGACGCCCUGUGCGACCUGCCCCUCGAUCCGGAGACCGGCGCCGGCGAGGCCUUGGCCGAGGAUGAGGAUGGGGCCGUGUUGGAGGAGACUAUGCGCAAUGACACCGAAAUAGAACAGAGUGAAAAGAAGAAGACCAGAGCUCGGGUGUCGGAUGGCUCCAGCGAACUGAGGGCUGAGAGCUGCCCGAUGUCUUUGCAUGAGGUUCCGCAGCUCACCAUCACCAAGACGCCCAGCAUGCAGAGCUUCCAGGACACCAACACGACCACAAACACGUCCUACGAGAGCGCGGACGAGCAGCAGCCCGACGAUGGGGGAGCGGGGAGCUCGGACCUCGGGUCGCCCCUCGAAGAGGGCCUGGAUGGCCAGCGCGACCUCCACAAGGUCUCCCUACCCUCCGGGCUGGAGGCCGUUCCGGAGGUGCCUGGCACUUGGGUGAAGAGGCCUAGGUCAAGGGGAGCUGGGACGGGCAGCCCACUGAGGUCACAUAAGAGCGUGAGCAGUGUGGAUCUAAACAUGGCGAGGGAUGAACCUGACGACGGGAGCGGCGCAAGAGCUGAACAGCUGGGGUUCCUCUCCUCACAACGCCGGACCAGCAGCAGUAUCGCCUUCACCCAGUGGGGCUCACAGGAGAGCUCAGAGCAGGAGGGGUCUCAAACCUGCCGAUCACCUCCCAGCCCCGGGGUGGCCAAGCUUCACCCCACCAUCCACCCGCUGUAUGUGAAGACCACCACCAGGCAGCUGACCUCCCCUGGCCACUCUCCGGUGGGCUCCCCGGCCCAGAGUCCCCAGCCCCUGCGCCGGCAGAACUUGGGGGGAGGAGGCUUGGUGGGGCCCGGGAGCUCUAGGGUGCCGGACAGGCGUCGGGCCCAAAGACAGAGGUCCAGUAGCAUUGCCGGGCCCAUCAACUACCCCCCGGACUGGCCUGGGUUUCUUGCAGGCCUGCGGAGCGGGUCGGAGGAUAGCCCUGAACCGCCACAGGAGAAGCCCCCCGGAAGGAGGCUCGGCGCCAGGCGCACAUCCUCGUGUCUACAGACGUAUGGCGGAGGAGGGGGCUUUUCACUGGAUGUUUUCUCAGGGCGUACUCUGCUGUCGCGUUGCUUGGCAGGGGGUGAGGUUCCCCCAGAGGAGGUGGAGACGCUCUGCUCGCGCUUCCUGGCCUUGGGGAUCCUGCAGCCCUUCAGCCACUGCUUCAGGGAACAGCUCCAGGCAGGCGAGGUGCCGGAUAUGCUCACGUUCAACGAGGAGCAGCUGUACACCUGGACUCCAAUCAGCCCCCACCUUCAGCAGUGGGAGGAACCGACGCGGCCAACGCUGGCCAAAAGGCACACGCAGCGCCCCCAUGGGGCCAGAACGGAGCAGCAGGAUGAAGGGGCUCCUUCAUCGGAAGCUUCCGGAAGUCUGGGAGCUGGCGGAGACUCCUCCGUGACCCAGCAGCUGGAGAGGACCAUACAGGAGCUGCGCGAUAAGAUAGCGGAGUUGGAGCGUCAACAGGUGUCGCUGGAGAAGGGGAUUUGUGUCAGGGAGCUAGAGGAGGAAGAGCGAGAGGAGGAGGAGGAGAGAGAAGUGAGAAAAGGAGGAGGAGGAGGAGGAGAAGGAGAGGAUGUUCCAGACAAGCAGCUGUCGGGUGGCAGCUGCAGCCCGCAGCAGACUACCUGUAGGUCCAGCCAGACGUCCCCUACUGUGGAGGUGACAACGGCGGCCACGUCCCCCCUGUUCCCAGUGCCUUCUUCGUCAGUCAGGGGUGACUCCCAAGCACCCAGGUUCACCUGCAGGUGUCACCUGACUAUACAGCCAGCUCCCUCCCCUUCAUCAUCGUCAUCGUCAUCGUCAUCGCUAUCGGGACUCCACUCUGGUCCUCCUGGACCCCCACCUCCUCCUCCUCCUCCACCUCCUCCUCUCCCUGGACAAACUUCAUGUCCUCCUCCUCCCCCACCUCCUCCUCCUCCUCCUCCUCCAGGAGCUGGUCUCCCUGGUCUCCCCCCACCGCCACCGCCGCCUCCCCUGCCUGGCAUGGCAGGACCACCACCCCCUCCACCCCUCCCUGGUAUGGCUGGGCCUCCACCACCCCCUCCCUUACCUGGCAUGGCAGGACCUCCUCCCCCACCUCCCCUCCCUGGUAUGGGUGGACCUCCUCCCCCACCUCCCCUCCCUGGUAUGGGUGGACCACCACCCCCACCUCCUCCCCCGGGCAUGGCUGGCUGCAUGCCCCCUCCGCCCUUACCCCCGGGGGGUUUCUCCAUGAUGAUGAUGAUGGCUCCUGGAGUGGUCCAGGAGGCGGCGCCACUGAAGCGGGCCAUUGAGCCGCCCCGGCCCAUGAAGCCGCUCUACUGGACCAGGAUCCAGCUCCACGCCAAAAAGGAAACUAGUGGAGCGCUUGUGUGGGAGAAAAUCGAAGAACCAUCUGUAAACUUUGAGGAGUUUGUUGAACUUUUUGCGAAAAGUGCCGUCAAAGAGAAAAAGAAGCCCAUAUCCGACACCAUCACCAAGUCCAAGGCCAAGCAGGUUGUUAAAAUCUUAAGCAACAAGCGUUCCCAAGCAGUUGGCAUCCUGAUGUCCAGUUUGCAUUUGGAUAUGAAGGACAUCCAAAAUGCAAUCCUGAACAUGGAUAACACAGUGGUGGACCUAGAGACUCUGCAAGCACUUUAUGAGAACCGAGCGCAGCAGGACGAGAUGGAGAAGAUAGAGAAGCACGUCAGCUCGGUGAAAGAUAAGGAGGAUCCCAAACCACUGGACAAACCUGAGCAGUUUCUGUUCCAGCUCUCCCAAGUCCCCAAUUUCUCAGGGCGGGUGGUGUGCAUCCUUUUCCAGUCCACGUUUACGGAGUGCAUGGGCUCUGUGCACAGGAAGGUGGAGAUCCUACAGAGAGUCUGCAAAACUCUCCAGAGUGGGGAAAGUGUGAUUCAGGUGCUGGGGCUUAUCUUGGCCUUUGGUAAUUUCAUGAAUGGGGGGAACCGCACUCGAGGGCAGGCGGACGGCUUUGCCCUGGACAUCCUGCCCAAGCUGAAGGACGUCAAGAGCAGUGACAACACCCAGAGCCUCCUGUCCUACAUUGUUGCUUACUAUCUCAGACACUUUGAUGAGGACGCUGGCAAAGAGACGUGUGUCUACCCACUUCCAGAGCCACAGGAGCUUUUCCAGGCCUCUCAGAUGAAGUUUGAGGACUUCGAGAAAGACUUGCGCAAGUUAAAAAAGGACCUAAGAGUGUGUGAAUCUGAGAGGGAUAAAGUAUGCAAGGUGUCCUCUGAAGAACACCUGCAACCUUUUAAGGACAAGAUGGAGGUCUUUUUGACUCGGGCGAAGGAGGAGCUGGAGGCUCAGGAGACGCAGCUUGCAGUGACACAUAAAGUUUUCCUGGAGUUGAGUGUGUUUUUCUCCGUCAAGCCUAAGGCCGGAGAGAAGGAAGUCUCCCCCAAAACACUCUUCUCCGUCUGGCACGAGUUCUCCAGCGACUUCAAGGAGCUGUGGAAACGGGAGAACAAGCUUCUCCUGACGGAGAGAUUGAAAGCGGCAGAGGAGUCUUUCAAGCAAGCUCGGGAGAAGGCCUCCUACAGUGUGAAACCCAAACAUGCCUCUGGAAUCAAAGCCAAACUCACACCGAAGAUUUAAGAAACUGCCAACAAGGACAUCUGUGUGUGUUUGUGUGUGUGUGUUUUUUUUAAGACAAAAUAUGAUGUGGUGUUAAGAGAUAUUUUCCCGCCUUGGACAAUGUGCAAAGGCAAAAAAGAAAAAAAGAAAAACAGCCAAAAAGCUUGGAAGUGUAGCCAUUACCCCUCCUCUCCAUGAUAAGCCAGCACUUUGUUUUCCCUCCCUGUUCAACGUCUCCUGCUGUAAUCAAAGAGCAUUUUUCCUCAGACCGUUGCUGAGAUUUACGCUCCUGAGUCGCCACAGUUUAAACACUGUUGCACAGACGGUGUAGUCGUGCUUACAUUCAUUCAUCAGUGGCCCUCUGCGAGUCCUUUCAAGGUAAGACAAUCCUUCCCGGGCCACAAAUUAUAAUCUCGCCAACAGGGAUUUCUCUUCCUCUCCAAAGCCUUGGCAGGAGCAGGGGGGUGGGGGGCGGGGAGGUGGGGGACUGAGUUUUAAAGGACAAAUAAGCAAACAGGUGCAAAGCAUUCAUGGCAAAGGCAAUCAUUGUUAGCAGAGGAACUGGAAGUGCCUUAUAAUUUGAAGCACACUCUUGUUCAUCAGUGUUAUUAUCAUUGACGGUUGGCGAGGAAGACGAGGGCUCUCUGAAUCAAAUCGGAGAUGAAGGGACCAUAUCAUGUUGGCCUGACUCUGCACCUCUACACUUAUGGAAAGCCUCGGAGGUGUUGAAUAGUUCAUAUUGCCAAAGUGCUUCCCUGUGUGUGAGUAUGGUAUGUAUGUGUGCGUGCGCGUGUGCGUGCGAGCACGUGUGUGUUGCCUGUGUGUGUUUGCCCAUGUGCGUGCUUGUGUGCGUGCAUGUGUGCGUGUGUGAUUUCAAGGAAGAGAGGCAGGCAGGUGAGGGAGGAAAGGAAUUGAGGUGGAAAUAGGGGCUGUUAUGCUAUGUGAAAGAUCUUUUGUUUGUAAGAAUUCAUUAAUGUGUUCUGGGGGAACCUAAGCGUGGAAAUGCUUUGAUGAGAUUAUUUUAAAUUCAGUAAUGCACAGUAUUGUUUUUUUCCCGUAAAUAUUCAAGGACCACUGCACAAUUUUCAACAUUUAGCCCCGUUUCUGAGUUGUCUUUAAUAAAGUAGUGGUCCUCACCAAUUUUAAAAAAUAUAUAUUUUCUGCUGUCUCCGUUAUUUGACUAAUUUGGAUGGUUGGAUGGAGGUUUUAAGAACAGAUUUGGACAUGCCAAUAGACGGCCAUUAUAAAGCCUGUUGAGACAAAAUCCAAACUAGGCAAAUAACAGAGACGGCAGCAAACAUGAAAACACUGGUGAGGACCACUCUACUUAAUUGAAGACAAAUCAGAAAAGGAGCUGAAUGUUGAAAAAAGUGCACUUGCCCUUAAAGCACAAACACAGCACUGUUUUAAAAGAUUUUUUCUCAUAGUUUUACCUGUUUGUUGUACAGUAUAUUUGCCCUCUGUCAAUUCAGUGAACCCAAUUGUGCACUAAUGUUUGAAUUAUAACAGUUUAUUUUGAAUAAAUUUGUCAUAA